AUGGGUCCAGUCAUGUACGUGUGUGCCACGCUGUCCCUUCUUUGGACGUGCACCGCGUCGCCUGCCCGAAAAUCAUACCACGUCGGUCUGUUCUGCAGCACCGGUGCUUACAGCCAUGACAUUAUGAUGCGUCGCCUAGCAGAACAGCUGGCGGCCAGUGGUCACCUGGUGACCCUGCUGCAGAUUCGGGUGUUUUCCUUUAACUACUCAAUUCCGCCCAUCGAAUCUGAACGUGUAACGAUUGUGCAGAUGAACUGCAGUAAUUCAUGGACGCGCGACCUUAUGGGUCAGCUACAGAACCAGAUAUGGUACAGCACAGUGCCGUUCGGCAACCGAAGGCUUAGCUACCGCAGUAUUCGACUGUUUUCUCAACUCUACGAUGCCCAUAUGUUCGGUUGCAGGGCCGCGUUGCAGGAUAAGACGUUUGUACGGCGGGUUCUAAACUUGAACCUGGACCUCAUCGUCAUCGACUACAUCCUGAACGAGUGCGCCCUGGCAUUUGCCGCACUGAGCAACACUCCUCGCAUGUACCUGUCCAAUUAUCCGAUGAUGGAGUCGUAUUUCGAUUCGACGGGGGCCACAUCAAACCCGGCUUAUGUCCCGUCAGUGCUGUCCAAGGAGACGAUCCCGAUGCGGUUCUCCAGUCGAGUGUCGAACUCCAUCUGUCGACUGCUCGCCCUGGUGUGGCGCCAGAAGCUCAUGCAUUCAAUCUCCAAAUUAAUUUACAGCUUCGGCUACAACAGUUUGGACUUGCGCGACGAAGAGAUGAAAACGCUGUUGUUCGCCACCCCGUCCGAGUUCCUCUUGGACGCCUCUCGGCCACUGACACAUAACAUCAAGUACCUCGGAUGCUGCAAGUGUCUUAGCCAAGAGAGUAAGACCUUCAACAAGGUAAGAUUGGAAUCGAAAUGGAUUUGA